AUGCGUUUCAUGCAUAUUUUGGCGUCCACCGCGGCGCUUGCGUCUGCGGUUUCUAUCGCCGAUGUGAACAAGCGGGAUGAGAAAGCCGUCGAACCAGCGGCCGAUGACAAACUUGCUCCCCAGGUCAAUGAACCCAAGAUUGCCCCAGUCGCCCUCGAUAAGGCCAAGGUAGAGGAGAGCAAGGCGGACGGCAAGAAGGAGGAGGAAAAGGGAGACAUCAAGCAGGCGGAUGCCAAUACUGACGCCACCAAGGCGGAUGCUAUCAAGGCGGAUGCCAAUACUGAUGCCACCAAGGGUGAUGCCACCAAAUUUGAUGCCACCAAGGCGGAUGCCGCCAAGGAUGACGCCGUCAAGGGCGAUGCCGUCAAGGGUGAUGCCACCAAGUUUGAUGCCACCAAGGCGGAUGCUGCCAAUAGUGAUGCUGUCAAUGGUGAUGCUGCCAAGGCGGAUGCAGCCAAGGCGGAUGCUGCUAAGGUGGAUGCCAAUACUGAUGCCAUCAAGAAAGAAGACUUCAAGAAGGAGGAUGGAAAGAAGGAUGACAAAUGGGACGGUCACAAGGAUGACCACAAGGAUGACCACAAGGACGACCACAAGGACGACCACAAGUGGGAUGACCACAAGGAUGAUCACAAGGAUGAUCACAAGUAUGAAGACCACAAGGAUGAUCACAAGUACGAAGACCACAAGGAUGAUCACAAGUACGAAGACCACAAGUACGAAGAGCACAAGGAGCACGAGUACGAGCCCCCGAAGACCUUCACCUACACCAAGGAGCAUGAGAAGACCUACACCAAGGAACAGCCCUAUACCUUCACAUACACCAAGGAGCAUGAGAAGACUUACACCAAGGAGCCCUACACCUACACCAAGGAGCAUGAGAAGACAUUCACUUACACCAAGGAACACGAGAAGACCUACACCAAGGAACAGCCCUAUACCUUCACCUACACCAAGGAGCACGAAAAGACUUACACUAAGGAGGAGCCUCAUACCUUCACCUACACUAAGGAGGAGCCCCAUACCUUCACCUACACCAAGGAGAAGACCUUCACUAGGGAGCCCCAUACCUACACCAAGGAGCAAGAGACAACCUACACCACCACGGUCAUCACCACUGACUUUACAACCUUCUGUCCGGAGCCAACUACCAUCCCUAUUGGAAGCACGACUAUUACUGUCACCGAGCCAACUACUUUGACCAUUACCAACUGUCCUUGCACCAUCACCAAGCCUCACCCUCCUCCUCCUCCUCCGGUUACUACUGUGGUUCCUCCUCCCGAAACUUCAGUGCCGCCGCCUCCUCCGGUUACCACUGUUGUUCCUCCUCCCAACACUUCGGUGGUGCCGCCUCCUCCUCCUCCUCCUCCGGUUACCACUGUUGUUCCUCCCCCGAACACUUCGGUGCCACCUCCUCCUCCCCCUCCUCCUCACACCAAGCCUCCUCCUCCUCUGGUCACCUCCGUGCCACCUCCUCCUCCUCCCCACACCGUCGUUCCUCCUCCUCACACCAUUGUUCCUCCUCCUCCCCACUCCGUUGUUCCUCCUCCUCCUCCUCCGCCACCACCUGCCACUGGCACCGCUCCCCCGGUCAUCCCCACCGGUGCUGCCGACAAGAACAAGGCUGGUCUCGGAGCUCUCGUCAUCGCUGGUAUUGCCGCUUUGGCUCUCUAAGUGACGACGUCGCUACCACAUGGGCCCCUGAAGGCCCAUCAACAACAACAAAAGUGCCAUUAUCCCACUACACGGGACAGUUCUCAGCUUUUAAUUCUUGCUUUGAGUUAAUCUUCUUCACACUCCUUGCUAUUUUAGGGAAACGAUUAAUGUAUACGUGAGAACUGAAGGCGGACGAAAAAGGAUUUGCUGGAUUGGGUUGUUUACACCUAGACAAGUAUUGAUUUAAUAAAAAAAAGUACGCUCCUU